AUGAAUUUGUCAGAUACGUCACCAGAAUCUCAACUAAUUUUCUCGACAUGUAUAAAUCGGCCACCUGAUCAACAUUUAUUAAAUGAAUCACUUCCUGCAGUUGAAUCAUAUUCAAUUUUAUUUGAUCGUGCACGUCACAAUUUUUCAGCAAGUUCUGAAAAAUCCUUUUUUGGUGAUAUUAAACAAGACCUUGAACAGUUCAAAUCACCCACAGUACCUCCAGAAACAAUCUUGGUUGACCAUAACAGCAGACAGAAUAAACUACCACCUCCACUUCUCGACAAAACGUAUACAAAAUUGACAGAUAACGAAGAAAAUGUAGUUAACAGUAUUAGUACAAUUAAUAUUGAACAAGAAAGAGAAAAUCAUUCGUUAAUUACUGCAAUAAAUGCCUUCACCGGGAAACCAUUGAGCCCAAAUCCCUGGAAAAAGUUAUCAAGGGAAGGAGGAAAUACAAAACAGCACCUAUUGAAUUUAUCAAAAACAACAAAGAAAAUUGAUGAUAAUGAGAGAACACCAAUAUCUGCUCAAAAACUAAUAAAUGUAAAAUCUAUGCGGGAGUUAUUAUAUUAUCAUUUGCCAGACAUAGACAAUGAUCUACAGUAUCAAACACUUGUAAAAGAUAAUGAUUCACCAAUUCGUACAUUCGAUGAUUUUUAUCGUAUUCCAACAACAAAAAUAAUAUCCAAUGCAUCUUCGGCUAAAUUGGUUGAGGAACAAUCUCAGCGCCGUCCUCAUUAUCAGAAAUCGCGUUCAUAUGAAAUAAUGCCAAUAGCUUCUACUUCAUUACUGAUUAAUUCUCCGCCAGUUCAAAAACAAUUAUUCACAUUUCACAGUAUCUUUUGUGACUUACAAACAACAAUGACACCGGAAUUAGAUGAAACAGAACCAAUAUGUGCUAAUGACGAGAAAGAAAUGUUUCAACCUGUUGUGUUUGACAAUAACGAUUCGUCAGCAUCGUUUGCAAAACCAGAGCCAACAACGCCGAUUUCAAUUCCUUCUAACAUUGACUCAUAUCAAGAACCAAAAGCUAUGUUUUAUCUUGAUGAACCAACAUCCCAACCAAAUUCUCCUUCAACUCAUUGGUCUACAUUACAUUCUUAUAUUCAACGUUUUCGACAUUUACAUCACCAUCAUCAUGCACACAGUUUACACUCUCAUCCUCCUACUACUCGUCUAUUAUCAUCAAAGCAAACUUCGAUGAAUGAAUUUGAAAGUAGUACCCAUCACAGACGGCAACAAUUUCAACAACGCAGUAGUGUUUCAUUAGGCGACCGACCCCGCACACAUCAUCGAUUUUUGAAACGUUCAGAGACAAAUAUUGCUGGCAAACAUGGUUAUUUUGGUGCUAUUAAUGAAAUGAACGAAUUUAAGGCAGUUUCAUCUGCUGAAGAUUUUCCAGAAUUAGUGCCGUCUGUCGGACAACAACUGCGCACAUUAAAAAAACACCGAAAACCACAUAGUUCGCUUGCGUCUUUUUUUCAUAAUUUUCAUCAUUCUCAUACUCACCAGUUAGAAGAUCAUGAAAAAUCAUUGAAUCAUUUAUGGCCUGCAACGUCUCCAAGUCAAAAGUCGAAUUCAACAGUGUCAAAAUCUACUGGAUCUUUGUCCGAUACACCUCUCGAUUUACAUCAACAACAAUCGACAGUUAUUUAUAAAACCCCACCAAACUGUAAAUCACCUCCAUUAUUUUCAAAAUUUAUCUCACAUCACCAUGAUGCACAUAGCAACAAUAAUCUUAGUCAUCAUAAACAUCGCAUUAGAAAUAUAAUGAAACGUUUACAUCAUAAAACAAGUCAACCAACAUGUGAUGAUUCAACAGAUGCGCGAACAAACAUGCAAUUUAAUUGUUCGUCUUCAUCUUCCUUAAUUAAGCAUAUGAAAUCUCAACAACAACAUAAAAAUCAAACUCAAAUUAAACAAGAUUCUUUUUCUACAAAAUCAAAUAAAAAUCCAGUCAUUAUGAAGCGUGUACAUACUUGGCAUUCUUCUGAUGAUUUCAUUCAUGAUUCAACUGAUAGUAGUAUUGAACAAACAUAUUCAUCCUUUCCAACUAUAUGUGCAGAAGUUGAUUAUCUACCAUCAUCAGGCCAAAAUACUAAUGAUCUAAAGAAAAAAACGAAAACAACAUCACGAAACUCAAUUCAUACAUGGCGAAAAUUGGAAGAUGUUUAUACAUCGGAGGAAACUGAUAAUGAUAACGAUGAUGUUGAAAUUACUAAAUUGAAAAUGAGUGAGAAUAGAGUUGAACGAAAAAAUAGCAAUCUGUGUCUAGAUGAUAUUUACACAUCCGAUGUGAGUGAUCUUUCAUCAUCACCCAUCUCUUUAUCGGAUACAUCGAGUGGAUCAUACUUAUCAGCAUCGACAUUCGAAAAUCCCAUCAUAAGACAAAGUAACAUGCUUGCAAUACCCAAGCGUGAUUUUUUAGAAUCAUUAUCAGAUAGUGUACCAAAUCGUGAAAAGCAUCCAGAUGCAUUACAAUACUGUUCAAAUUUCAAGAAGAAAAGAAACGAUUUAGCACAAAAAUUAUUUGACAUAUUCGAUCGAGAUGUAUUCUCAUCAAAGUUUUUAAAAUCAGAGAAAGUUAAAGUACAAUGGAGUUCUCGCUUAACAGCGACAGCCGGUCAUUGUGCAACAAAAAAUUUAACCAAAGACGUGCUUAUCACAUUAUCAGAAAAAGUAUGUGACACACCGGAACGUUGUCGAGAUACAUUAAUUCACGAAUUAUGCCAUGCAGCAGUGUUUUUAAUCGACAAUGUUUUUGUUCAUAAUCAUGGUCUUUUGUGGCAAAAUUGGACAAAACUAGUUGCGCAAAUCUAUCCCAGACUACCAAAGAUUAAAGUGACACAUACGUAUAAAGUAUUCUAUAAAUAUGUUUAUCGUUGUACAAACUGUAACUAUGAGUAA